UGCUUGUAUUCUUCCGCUGGUGUCGGGGCGCUCGCGCCGUUCUCGCCAUCUCUCUCACUCUCCGCUAACGUCAUCGCGAUCGUUGGCGCCGAUCGCCCAGACGAAAGAACUUUCCUGGCGACGUCAUUUCUCAGCGAUCUUGAUCGUCAACCCCGCGACCGCGGCUUCGAACAUUUCUUCGCGCGGCGACGACUUCCACGAGGAGUACCCUCGUACGCGGGAACUAUUUCGAGAUAGAGGGGCGGCGUUGGCGGCCAUGAUGGGUGUCAGCGGCGAGUAGCGACGUUACGCUCGCUCGCUCCUCCGUCGUCAGUCCGGUUUCGCGCUUCGUCGAAUUGAUGCCGAGUACCUCGGGGUGGGACAGAGAGGCGCACACGACGACCGGGAACAGAUCCGUAGGUAAGGGAGCACGGUUGGAUAGCGCGAUCUCGGCCGAUCGCGCACGGGGCUAGAUCCGUGACACGCUAAGGGACCGCGGCUGGGAAGCCUCUCUUCAAGCUGGAGGACUCGUCGAAUACCUCUGCGAAAAUGACGCAGCUACUACCCAUAAGGUUCCAGGAACACCUGCAGCUUACAGCUGUGGGAAUUAACGCCAGUAAUGUCAGCUUCAAUACCCUCACCAUGGAGUCUGACAAAUUUAUUUGCGUUAGAGAGAAAGUUGGCGACACUGCCCAGGUAGUGAUCAUCGAUAUGAAUGAUUCCGCCAAUCCCAUCAGAAGACCGAUAUCUGCUGAUUCUGCAAUUAUGAAUCCUGCUAGUAAAGUCAUUGCUCUCAAAGCUAUGAAGACACUUCAGAUCUUCAACAUUGAAAUGAAAUCAAAGAUGAAGGCUCACACAAUGACUGAGGACGUGGUUUUUUGGAAAUGGAUAUCGCUGAACACGCUGGCAUUAGUGACCGAGACCGCGGUGUAUCAUUGGUCCAUGGAGGGCGAUUCAACGCCGAACAAAAUGUUUGAACGUCACUCGUCGUUAAACGGCUGCCAGAUUAUUAAUUACAGAACAGAUCCGAAGCAGACGUGGUUGCUACUGAUCGGUAUCUCGGCGCAGCAUAACAGAGUGGUCGGCGCCAUGCAGCUUUACUCCGUGGAACGGAAAUGUUCGCAACCGAUCGAGGGACACGCCGCCUCCUUUGCUCAGUUCAAGAUGGAGGGAAACGGGGAACCCAGUAAUCUGUUUUGUUUCGCCGUUAGGACGGUCCAGGGCGCGAAGCUUCAUAUCAUCGAAGUUGGUCAGCCGCCCUCCGGCAAUCAUCCGUUUCCUAAAAAAGCGGUGGACGUGUUCUUUCCACCCGAGGCCGGAAACGACUUUCCCGUCGCUAUGCAAGUUAGCUCCAAGUACGACGUUAUAUAUUUAAUCACGAAAUACGGUUAUAUACAUAUGUACGAUAUCGAGUCCGCAACCUGUAUAUUUAUGAAUCGUAUCUCGGGAGAGACGAUCUUUGUCACCGCCCCGCACGAAGCAUCUGGCGGUAUAAUAGGAGUAAAUCGGAAGGGCCAAGUAUUGUCCGUCUCCGUGGACGAGGAGAACAUAAUUCCAUACAUCAACGGAGUGCUGCAAAAUUCAGAAUUGGCGCUGAGAAUGGCCGUGAGAAACAAUCUGUCAGGCGCGGAAGACUUGUUCGUAAGGAAAUUUAAUAUGCUCUUCCAAAACGGUCAGUACGCAGAGGCGGCGAAGGUCGCGGCUAACGCUCCCAAAGGAAUACUCAGAACGCCCGCCACUAUUCAGCGGUUUCAACAGGUUCCUGCUACUCAGGGCCAAACGUCUCCUCUUCUACAGUAUUUCGGCAUUCUUCUAGAUCAGGGACAGUUGAAUAAAUAUGAAUCAUUGGAGCUGUGCCGACCGGUAUUGGUUCAAGGACGUAAACAACUGUUAGAGAAGUGGUUAAAGGAGGAUAAGCUGGAGUGUAGCGAGGAAUUGGGGGAUCUGGUAAAGCAGGCAGAUCCCACGUUGGCACUCAGCGUUUAUUUGAGAGCCAAUGUCCCCAACAAGGUCAUCCAAUGCUUCGCAGAGACAGGCCAAUUUCAAAAGAUCGUGUUGUAUGCCAAAAAAGUCUCGUAUACGCCCGACUAUAUAUUCCUCUUGCGAAAUGUUAUGAGGAUUAAUCCCGAUCAAGGAGUGGCGUUUGCACAAAUGCUGGUUCAGGAUGAUGAACCAUUGGCAGAUAUCAAUCAGAUUGUUGAUAUAUUUAUGGAGCAAAACAUGGUACAGCAAUGUACGGCGUUCCUGCUGGACGCGCUCAAGAACAAUCGGCCGAGCGAGGGUGCCUUACAAACUCGACUCUUAGAAAUGAAUUUAAUGUCCGCCCCGCAGGUGGCUGACGCUAUAUUGGGCAAUCAAAUGUUUACUCAUUACGACAGAGCUCACGUCGCGCAAUUGUGCGAGAAGGCUGGCUUGUUGCAACGUGCUCUCGAGCACUACACAGAUUUGUAUGACAUUAAAAGAGCAGUGGUACAUACACAUUUGCUCUCACCCGACUGGCUCGUAGGUUUCUUCGGCACUCUAUCUGUGGAAGAUUCCCUCGAAUGCUUGAAGGCCAUGUUGACGGCCAACAUACGGCAGAACUUGCAAAUCUGCAUACAGAUCGCGACCAAAUAUCACGAGCAAUUAACAACUAAGGCGCUGAUAGAUCUAUUCGAGAGUUUCAAGUCUUACGAAGGCCUGUUCUACUUUUUGGGAUCUAUUGUAAAUUUCAGCCAGGAUCAAGAGGUACAUUUCAAGUAUAUCCAGGCGGCGUGCAAAACUGGCCAGAUCAAAGAAGUGGAGCGUAUAUGCCGGGAGAGCAACUGUUAUAAUCCAGAACGCGUAAAGAAUUUUUUGAAAGAAGCGAAGCUAUCUGAUCAGUUGCCUUUAAUAAUCGUGUGCGACCGAUUCGACUUUGUUCACGAUCUCGUUCUCUAUCUAUAUCGUAAUAACUUGCAGAAAUACAUCGAGAUUUAUGUUCAGAAGGUAAAUCCAUCGCGUCUACCGGUUGUCGUAGGUGGUCUUCUGGACGUUGACUGCUCAGAAGAUAUCAUAAAAAAUCUAAUACUGGUGGUGCGCGGACAAUUCUCCACUGACGAACUGGUCGAAGAGGUAGAAAAGAGAAAUCGGUUGAAGUUGUUGCUGCCAUGGUUGGAGUCUCGCGUUCAUGAGGGUUGCGUGGAGCCGGCUACGCACAACGCGCUUGCGAAGAUCUACAUUGACAGCAAUAAUAAUCCUGAGAGAUUUCUCAAGGAGAAUCAGUUCUAUGACAGUAGAGUUGUCGGCAAGUAUUGCGAGAAACGCGAUCCCCAUUUGGCUUGCAUCGCGUACGAGCGUGGUCAGUGUGACCGCGAGCUGAUAAGCGUGUGCAAUGAGAACAGCCUAUUCAAGAGCGAGGCCAGAUAUUUGGUUAGACGUAGAGAUCCUGACCUUUGGGCAGAAGUACUGUUGGAGAGCAAUCCGUAUAAGCGACCGUUAAUUGAUCAGGUUGUUCAAACGGCGUUAUCCGAGACGCAAGAUCCGGAAGAUAUUUCGGUUACUGUCAAGGCUUUCAUGACGGCUGACUUGCCUAACGAGCUUAUCGAGCUUCUUGAGAAGAUAGUACUGGAUAGCAGCGUAUUUAGUGAUCAUCGUAAUUUGCAGAAUCUCUUGAUACUAACAGCCAUCAAAGCCGAUCGCACACGCGUCAUGGAAUAUAUUAACCGCUUGGAUAAUUACGAUGCCCCGGAUAUCGCCAACAUCGCUAUUAAUAAUGAACUUUACGAGGAGGCUUUUGCAAUCUUCAAAAAGUUUGACGUUAAUACAUCAGCUAUCCAGGUUCUAAUUGAACAAGUCGGCAACUUGGACAGGGCUUAUGAAUUUGCAGAAAGAUGCAACGAGCCGCCGGUAUGGUCACAGCUCGCCAGGGCUCAGCUGCAACAGGGUCUGGUUAAAGAAUCGAUCGACAGCUUUAUCAAAGCGGACGAUCCGUCCGCGUUCCUGGACGUAGUGGAAACCGCGCAUCGGACUUCGCAUUGGGAAGAUUUAGUCCGCUAUCUCCAAAUGGCCCGUAAGAAAGCACGCGAAUCCUUCAUCGAAAGCGAAUUGAUAUACGCGUACGCGCGGACUAACAGGCUCGCGGAUCUCGAAGAGUUUAUAUCUGGCCCUAAUCACGCCGAUAUACAAAAGAUUGGCGAUCGAUGUUUCGACGAUAAAAUGUUUGACGCCGCGAAGCUUCUUUACAAUAAUGUAUCGAACUUUGCGCGUCUGGCCAUAACGUUGGUUCACCUGAAAGAAUUUCAAGGUGCCGUUGAUAGCGCGCGCAAAGCUAACUCGACGCGCACCUGGAAGGAAGUUUGUUUCGCCUGCGUGGAUAGCGGUGAAUUUCGCUUAGCCCAAAUGUGCGGUCUGCACAUAGUCGUGCAUGCGGACGAGCUCGAGGAUCUCAUCAAUUAUUACCAAGAUCGCGGGCAUUUUGAGGAACUCAUUAAUCUUCUCGAAGCUGCUUUAGGACUCGAGCGAGCUCACAUGGGAAUGUUCACCGAGCUAGCUAUUCUCUAUAGUAAAUACAAGCCUCAACGAAUGAGAGAACAUUUGGAACUCUUCUGGUCACGCGUUAAUAUACCGAAGGUGCUACGUGCAGCGGAACAAGCGCAUUUGUGGGCCGAGUUGGUGUUUCUUUAUGAUAAGUACGAGGAAUAUGAUAAUGCAGUCCUUGCGAUGAUGCAACAUCCUACUGAAGCUUGGCGAGAGGGUCACUUCAAAGACGUAAUCACUAAAGUCGCAAACGUCGAGCUCUACUAUAAGGCUAUACAAUUUUAUGUGGAAUAUAAACCCCUUCUUCUGAACGAUAUAUUGCUCGUACUUGCUCCACGCAUGGAUCAUACUAGAUCAGUGGCGUAUUUCACGCGAACUAACCAUCUGCAACUAGUGAAACCGUAUUUGAGAUCGGUCCAGGCUCUCAACAAUAAAGCUAUCAACGAAGCCUUAAACGGCUUGCUGAUCGACGAAGAGGAUUAUCAAGGUCUCCGAACGUCGAUCGACGCGUUCGAUAAUUUUGAUAAUAUCGCUUUAGCGCAGCAGCUCGAAAAACAUGAAUUGAUCGAGUUCAGGAGAAUCGCCGCAUACUUAUACAAGGGAAAUAACAGAUGGAAGCAAUCCGUCGAGCUUUGCAAGAAGGAUCGAUUAUUCAGGGACGCCAUGGAAUACGCGGCGGAAUCACGGAAUGCAGAAGUCGCCGAAGAGUUACUUGAAUGGUUUUUGGAGAGAGGUUCCAAGGAUUGCUUUGCAGCAUGCCUAUUUCAUUGUUACGAUUUACUUCAUCCGGACGUCAUCUUGGAGCUUGCAUGGAGACAUCGCAUUUUACAUUUCGCAAUGCCGUAUCUUAUACAAGUCGCAAGAGAAUAUAUCACUAAGGUCGAUAAAUUAGAAGAGGCCGAAAGCCGACGCAUCGAAGAAACUGAUCAUCAGGAACAUAAGCCUAUGAUUAUGCCGGAACCUCAGCUAAUGCUGACUGCAGGGCCAGGAAUGAUGGCACCUGGCUACGCGCCUCAAAACGUAUACGGUACACCCGCACAAGUGUACGCGUCCACCGCAGCCUACCAAGGUUACGGUAUGUGAAAUACAUUUAAGGAGACAGAUCAACAAAGUCUACUUUUCUAUAAAGUUUAGGUAGAAUGAGAUUGUUUUGUUAGCUUAAUAUUGUCGAAGCGAAUGCGAACGAAUAUCAUUAGAAAAUGAUAAAUUGCCACAUUUAGAUCAUGAUAAUAGUGUAAAGAAUAGCGAAAUGCAUUAAGGAAAGGCAUUAAUACGCUAUCACACGCUACCUAAAUGUGAAUCUGUAAUUUAUAGGAGAAACGAUAUUAUAUUUCAUGGUUUAAAUAGCUGUUCAACGCGGACUUGCGUGAAAAACAUUAUUUAAAGAAUUAUGUUAUUUAAAAGAAAGAUUAUAAAACGGAAAAAAUAAUUUUCUUUUUCUUUUUUUUUAAUGCAACUUACUGAGAUUUUUUAAUUGAAUUAUCAUUGCAAUCAGUAAAAAAAAUAUAGAUACGUUGUAUAAACAAAGUAUAAUUUCCCUGUCUUGUACUAGCACAUAUAUAUGUGUGCGUCUACGUGCCUUUCUUUUGGGCUACUAACAGGAAGCAAGCUUUUUUGAGCAAUAUCGUAAUUCGGAAGCAAAAUCAACUGUAGAUCACAAUUACAUAUAUCGUAAUUUCUGUACAGAUUACCCAGUUACUUGCUUUUCGGCAAAAUUUUUUUCAAUCUCUUUCAUCACGUAUGUAAACGUGUUUUGAUACACACGUUUCUCUUUUCUUUACUUUUGAAAAAUGUUAACAUCGUUCAAGAUAUACACUCUUGAAACAUUUUAGCGUGUGAUGAAUCACAGGGAAAAUAGAGCCCUUGCAAAAUUGAAAUGUAAUAAGAGUAUCUUUUAGAUCGGGGUAGAUCGCGUAUCGUUAUAUCAGUAUUAUAACGACAAGAUCAAGAUGGAAGAAAAAAAACUGUAGACACAUCAGAACAUGUUCGGCGUAUCUAUAAUAACAUAUACAUCGUUCUAGAUCUACCUGUAUGUACAUUUGCUUGAACAUAAUACAAUGAUACAUGUUCGCCAAGCUAGCUUGAUUUGCGUAAAUGAAUGAAUCAUCAAAUAAAUUAUAGAUACUGAAACAGACGACAAGAUCUUUAUUGUCUCAUUAAUGUACUGAAAAUGCAUAAAGUAGUUUGCCCGAGUUUUUCGCUCAAUCUGCGCAUCAUGUAUCAUGCUUUUUAACCUUUCGCUAUUCAUUGCGCAAGAAGAUCAAUUAUGGAUAACUAGAGUUCGGAGAAGACAUUAAAGAUAAUUUGAUAAUAAAGUCCACAGCACGAUCGUCCACUGAUCACAUCGUUUAUACCGUAGUUUUGGUAAUAUUUUCUACUCGUUUUCUCCCACAUAUAACGUGUGUGCAUAAUGUUACUCAAAGUUAUUGAUCGUUAAUCAUUUAUAUAGCUUGUUACAGACUACGCCUAAAUUAUACAAAUAUUAAGAUAAAUUAGAUCACAAUAUUUCUAGAAAAAACCAUGUUUUGUUAAACUUAUGUUUCUUUUUUCCUUUAAAAAUAUUUAUGUCGCAUGUAUAAAGUGCUACGCAUCGAUGCAUCAGGAUCAAUAUAUACGACAAGCAACAAAGAAAAAAAAAAGAUUUUAAUUUUGUAGUACAUCUUACCUUUAACAUUCCUAAAUAUAAGCUAUCAUUCUCGCGUAAAUUAAUAUCACACUAGUGAUAUCUCGGUUUCUUUUUAUUACAUCCUAAGAUGUAGCGGAUUGUAGUAUGUAGUUUUUUAUUUAGAAGUGCGCGAAGAGCGAAAGUUUAUAUCGGCGAAGAGGUCACGUUACUAUUAUGCCCAAGUAAAAAAAAAAUUGUAUCACGUAAUAACGAAGGAGCGAACGUGCGCAUAGUUCGUUUGUCUCGUUUUCUAUCGUCUUCUUUAUCGCGCAAUACUUUUAUUUAUUUAUUUUUUUUGGUACUCCACAGUUGAUCUUGCAGUGAUCCAGCUGUAUAUAUUACAUGUUAAAAACGUUAUGUCGAAAGAGGAGGAAAAGGAGGUCAGUAACAUGCCCUGGUACUAUAUUUCACUUCGAUCUUAGCGAAUAAAAUUGUAGAAAUUGAUAAACAAAUAUAGUUGUUGUACUAAUUGAAGAUAAUUAUCAUUGUAUCAGUGUCAUGUUUGACCACUGUGGUUUUAAUGGAACAUGGGUGAACACACUUCCAAAACAAUAAACAUUGUUCAAUAGUUAUGCACACCUUUCCAUAUAAACACAUGACACAAAGAGAUUUACACAUAUACAUAUACAUUAUAUAUAUAUAAAUAUAAUGCUAUAUUAUAUAUAUAAGACUAUAUAUAUACUGUACCAUGUAAGUAGUAAAUAUACAUUUACCAAUCCUGUAAUUGUAAUAUCCUAUGAUAAUAAUCUACAAAA